AUGACGCGCGUCGCACCCAAGGGGAUCGGGGGGAGUCCGAGCUCAUCUCUCGCGGUCUCUCUCUCAGUCCUGCAGUGUGCCACCGUCAUCGGGUUCUGCUACUGGGCCUCGGAGCUGAUCCUCGCCCAACAGCAGCAGCACAAAAAAUACCACGGUUCCCAAGUCUACGUCACCUUCGCUGUCAGCUUCUACCUGGUGGCCGGCGCCGGGGGAGCCUCCAUCCUCGCCCCCGCCGCCAACCUGCUGCGUCACUACCCCACCGAGGAAGAGGAGCAAGCCCUGGAGCUCCUGUCCGAGAUGGAGGAGAACGAACCUUACCCGGCUGAGUACGAAGUCAUCAACCAAUUCCAGCCGCCGCCGGCGUACACCCCGUGA